CUCCCAUACUGCAAGUGCAAAGCACUGGAUCUUGAGUUUCUCCAUGUUCAAUUAAUCGAUCAGGAGGAAAAAGAAACAGAGUAACAAAAUUUACCAGAAUCGAAAUCUCCACAAGAGCAACAGCGCCGCUUCCGCUUUGAUCACUGGAAAAGCUUUUGCACUUUCCAGAUCCAAACGGCUUUAGCCAAAUUUUGGAUGACCAAGGGCUGGAGGAACGAAUUCGGAACAUGGUGAUCGAGUGAGAUUUGACUGGAAUAUAUACAGGGCCAAAGUGGAGAAAUGAUGGAUGUGGAGAGAUCCUCGUUGUGCAAUUGCGUGGUGAAUUUCUUGCUGGAGGAGAAUUACGUGCUGACGGCGUUCGAAUUGCUCCACGAGCUGCUCGACGACGGCAGGGAUCACCACGCCAUUCGGCUCAAGGAGUUCUUCUCCGAUCCUUCCAACUUCCCUCCCGAUCAGAUCUCCCGCCUCAACUCUCUCCGAGUUGCAGACCCGCAGAGUUUGCUAGAGGAGAAAGAAGCAACGCAAGAAAAAUUGGCCCUCAGUGAAUACGAGCUGCGGUUGGCACAAGAGGACAUUUCGAAAUUGAAGUCUGAGUUACAGAAGAGAGUGGAGUUAUCUCCAACCCAGUUGACUGAGUCGACGCCUGAUGCCGCUGGGAGUCCAGGAUCAGAUCUUCUAAAAAGAAAAAAGGAUGGUUCUUCCUUUGACUUGGGUCCUCUGAACAAUAAUGAGCGUAGAGAUCUUAAUUGUGCUGUACAGGAAUAUCUACGACUGGCUGGAUACCGUCUUACUGCUAUGACAUUUUACGAAGAAGUUACAGAUCAGAAUUUAGAUGUUUGGCAGAACACUCCUGCUAGUGUGCCAGAUGCCUUGCGGCAUUACUACUACCAGUACCUUUCAUCCACAUCAGAGGCAGCUAAGGAAAAAGUUGCCAUGAUUCGAGAAAAUGAAUCUUUGCUGAAAUCAAGUGAGAUAUUGAAUGAAGAAAAGGGGAGGCUUCUUAAAAACAAGGAGUUGGCGGAUAAUCAAAUAAGUGGUUUGACCAAGUCACUAGAAACCUUUCAAAAGGAUGUCAAAGACAAGGAGAACCAGGUACAGAUACGCUAAUAGCUUUAUUCUCUUUGCAAUUGGAUAACCAGUUAUGUAAGACAGAGCUUUCUCCCAGAUAAAACGGUUGAAGCAGUCACUGGAACACCAAAGAAAGGAACUCAAUGACUGCAGGUCAGAAAUCACUUCAUUGAAGAUGCAUAUCGAGGGAUAUCGUUCCGGUAGGAAUGUGAUGGCUAGUGAUACUGACACUGCUGAAACCCAGUCAAUUGAAAAGUACAAGGAAGAAAUAAAGAUUUUGCAUCUAGAAAUAGAGAAGUUGAAAGCUAAAAGUACCACUUCUCCCGAGUCUGUGGAGAGAACCGACUCUGGAAAAGAGUCUGUGCAACCUGAAGAGAAAGUUGUUGAAAUUGAUGAAGAGACACCUCUAAUCUCUCAUCCAACUGAUGCUGAAAGUGUUAAGCAAGAUGUUCCUCCGCUUGUUGGAGAUAUGACUAAGCCUGAGGGAUUUCCACAAGAUAGUACAGGAAGUUUUACCGACAAAGUUAACACUAUUGACGAAAGUCCAAGAGUCUCAGAACAAAAUGGCGACGUGCCAUCACCAGCUCCUGGUAUUUCUGUGAAAUCAGACAACCUAGGUUGUGAUGGGUCGUUAGAGAAUACGGGUUCAGAGACUAUUCAAAUCCUUGCUGAUGCCUUACCCAAGAUUGUUCCCUAUGUUCUAAUAAAUCAUCGAGAGGAGCUCCUGCCUCUUAUGAUGUGUGCAAUCGAACGUCAUCCUGACGGCAGUACUAGGGAUUCAUUAACACAUACAUUGUUUAAUUUGAUUAAACGUCCGGAUGAGCAGCAGAGACAGAUCAUAAUGGAUGCUUGUAUUAGUCUGGCUAAGAAUGUUGGCCAGAUGAGAACAGAAACAGAGUUACUUCCUCAGUGCUGGGAACAAAUAAAUCACAUGUAUGAGGAGCGCAGACUGCUUGUUGCUCAAUCUUGUGGACAGAUUGCAGAAUUUGUGAGGCCUGAGAUCCGGGAUUCUUUAAUUCUUUCUAUUGUGCAGCAACUAAUUGAGGAUGCUGCAAGUGUUGUUCGAGAUGCUGCUGCUCAUAAUUUGGCUUUGCUGCUUCCACUAUUUCCAAACGCGGACAAAUAUUUCAAGGUCAGCCUCACUAAAUAUGCUUCGAGGCAAUCAGGGAGAAGAACUCUCAUUUGACAGAAAUGUUGAAGAGUUGGUGUUCCAGCUGGUUUGUGAUCCCUCUGGGGUGGUGGUCGAAACUACACUCAGGGAGCUGGUUCCUGCAGUAAUAAAAUGGGGAAACAAUUUAGAACACGUUUUGAAAGUUUUGCUGUCUCAUGCCUUAAGCUGUGCUCAGCGUUGCCCUCCUAUUUCUGGUGUUGAAGGCUCACUGGAGUCGCAUCUACGGGUCUUAGGAGAACGUGAACGCUGGAAUCUUGAUGUUCUAUUGAGAAUGCUAAUUGAGUUACUUCCACUAAUCCGUCAAAAGGCCACUGACACUUGUCCAUUUCCUCCUGUUUUGGAGUCAAAUGACAACACCUUUUCUGAUGCCUUGCUAGACCUGUAUGCAGGUAGGGGACAUGUGGAAUGGCCUGCAUUUGAAUGGAUGCAUGUGGACUGCUUUUCUGACCUGAUAAACCUGUCGUGCAUGUUACAUCGGAAGGAGGACAAUCUGAGAAACAGAAUUACAAAGUUCUUAUUAGCCGUCGGACAAAGUUAUGGGGAUUCGUAUCGUGUUCAUAUAAUGCUGCCUGUAUUCUUGGUAGCCGUCGGUGAUGAUGCUGACUUUACCUUUUUCCCUUCAGCUAUACAUUCGAGAAUCAAAGGUUUGAGGCCUAAAAGCGUUGUUGCUACAAGACUGGCUACAACGUGUGUUCUACCACUUCUCUUGGCAGGCAUUUUAGGUUCUCCCAGUAAACGUGAUCAGCUAGAAGACUACUUGAGAAAGCUGUUAGUUGAUAACCACCUGAAUGAGAAUCAAUCAACUAGGCGCUACGCUGAUGUCAUUGAUGCUGUUCGGUUUCUGUGUUCUUUUGAACAGCACCACGGCAUGAUAUUCAAUAUCUUGUGGGAAAUGGUUGUUAGCUCAAGUGUGGAUAUGAAAAUCAACGCUGCCAAUCUGUUAAAAGUUAUCGUGCCAUAUGUCGAUACAAAGGUUGCUUCAACCCACGUGGUACCUGCCCUUGUAACUCUAGGGUCCGACCCGAAUCUGAAAGUGAAGUAUGUCAGCAUAGAAUCAUUUGGAGCUGUGGCACAACAUUUCAAGAACGAUGUGAUUGUUGAUAAGAUACGAGUUCAAAUGGAUGCCUUUCUGGAUGACGGAUCACAUGAAGCAACAAUAGCUGUUGUCCGAGCAUUAUCAGUAGCCGUGCCACAUACAACUGAGCGUCUUAGAGAUUAUCUCCUUUCGAAAAUUUUCCAUUUCUCUGCCGUCCCAACAUCACCAGGUGACAUUACUCGUCGCGGGGAGAGGGCUAAUGCAUUCUGUGAAGCAAUUCGUGCCCUGGAUGCCACAGAUCUCUCGGUUAACAGUGUGCGUGAAUACCUGCUGCCAGCGAUACAAAACAUGUUAAAGGAUCCAGAAGCCCUAGACCCAGCUCACAAGGAAGCCCUUGAGAUAAUAAUGAAGGAAAGAUCAGGUGGGACCUUGGACACCAUAAGCAAGGUGAUGGGAGCUCAUCUAGGGACUGGGAUAGCAUCAUCGGUUACCAGUUUCUUCGGAGAGAGCGGGCUGUUGGGGAAGAAAGAAACCGCAGAAUCAUCUCCACAACAGUCGGCGCCUCCAUCUCCCAAUGCUGCUGCAACGCUUCCUCCCCAACCAGCAGAAGAUACAAGAUUCAUGCGAAUCAUGAGGGGUAACUUCACCGACAUGCUGAGGGGUAAAGGGAAGAACCCAGAUGAAGCACCACAUUAGGAGCUGACAGUGUCUUCUCUCAGUUCUCGCAGUAGCAUAGAAAGUUUGAAAGCCUUUCCCAUCGAUCGUGCACAGGAGUUUCAAGGAACAGGAUGGAGAUUUGAGAACUUGGACGAUGAAACGAUUGUAAUACGAGAGCACCUGGUGCAUUUAUCUGUGGAAAAGCCUGACAUAACUCCUUGUUCCUUUUCCAGCAUUCAUUUAUUGGACAUCUUGGGCAGCCAGUUAGAAAUUUCUUUAGUUCCUUGUGAUGGUUAGUCAGUCUUCUUUUCUGAAGAGGGUUAUGAAGACUGAUUCCUUGGUCAGUUAAUAAAUUGAUUGGUGUUUUUUGGUUCUUCUAACCUGCAUUUUGGUAUGUGUUAAAGUGGAAAACACUAGCUGGAAAAAUCAAUCCAUUGGAAAUGGACCAAAAUUUUUGUCAAGAAUGGGAUUUGAACCCAUGCCCUUUCGGACCAGUACCUGAAACUGGCGCCUUAGACCAACUCGGCCAU